AUGGCUCCGAAGGUGGCGAACGAUGCCAAAGAAAGUUUGGUUUUGGAUGAAUCUCCGUCGACCGUCGAUCAGGCGAAUGAUCAAGAAACUGAGGUUAUUGAAACUGACCAGGAACGUAUGUCUGCGCAUCUCUUGAAAAAGCGACAUUUUAAGCGUUAUACGACAUGGCCAGAAAUAGAAACGCUGAAGUUCUAUCGCGUUCUCAGCACGACCGGUACUGUGUUCAGCGCAAUGCAAUCGCAUUUUCCAAACCUAAGUUACCAGGCUCUGAAGGGCAAGUUCAAGCACGAAGAAAAGCGUAAUCCGGAGAAGAUCGACCGCGCGUUGCGUUGGCACUACCUUAAUCAAGGCAAAAUGCCCGCCCCAUCUUCGUUUCUGCUGCAUGGAAAGCCGGACAUAGAGUAUGGUUUCAGACUAUUUUUUUAA